AACAACAAAAAGGAUAAAAACAGCGUCUUUCCUACGUCCAUCUCACUAAUUUGACCCAGCCCCCAUUCUACAAAAGCGCGAAAAUGUAUCGUUACUUUUCCCCCAAGAAAACAGAGCAAAUUAAAGACUCUGAUUAAAAACACACAAUUCUCUGCCAUUUUUCCUUCACGAUGUCUUCUCUCUCAAGCAAAACGUCGAACACCUGGUGAACUCAAACUUACCUUUCAGAAAAACAAAAUUACCCACAAGAAUUUAUGUGCAAAUACAGCAAUGGUUCUUCCAGUAAUCAAGCUUGGGACGCUCGCAUUGAGAACUCUAAGUAAACCCAUUGCAAGCCGUCUCAAACGACAAGCUGGUUUGCACCCUAAAUUUCGUGAAUUCAUCGUUAGCCUUGCUCAGGUAAAUCAUCGGUUCACAACUACGCUGCAAAGGCGCAUUUAUGGCCACGCAACAGAUGUUGAAAUUCGCCCAUUGAAUGAGGAGAGUGCUGUUCAGGCCGCUUCAGAUCUUCUUGGAGAAAUGUUUAUCUUUCUGGUCGCUGGAGCUGCUGUGAUAUUUGAGGUGCAAAGAAGCGCAAAAUCAGAAGCAAAAAAGGAGGAGAAACGUAUGAAAGAAUUCGAGGGAAUUUCCUGCUUAAUUAUGCAGGCAUUGAGAGAAAGAGACGAAGCACUGUCCAAAGAAGUUGAACAACUUAAGCGCAAAAUCAUGGAACUCGAGAAGCAAUCAAAGCAACAAGGCCUCACUGGAUUUUUCAACUUCAGAUUCUUUGGUCAAUCGGGAACAGAAAAGUCAGCACAAGCUGCUUGAACUGACUGAUAGUUUAUCUGUUGGAUAAAUUCUUUAACAGCCAUUUGUUUCUUGAUUUUUUAAACUUUUGCCAUAUUCUCUGUAUAUUAUUUUAGGAGCUCAUUGUUAGUGACCAGUUAUUAGUUUGAGUCUUUCCAACCCUGUAAAUUAGUAGCAAACUAUAGUGCAAUUUUACCCCCUCAGUUGUCAUCUGAGCACAUGUCUGUUCUCUAUCUGUUACAAACCAGUUCUCUAACGUGCAGGACAGCGUCUGUGUGUGCACAAAUCAGGCUACAUGUGUUUAGUUACAAGAGCAUAUGGUGUUUUUAUGCCUAAACACAUGAAUGAGGGGCAUAUAACUUUCCAAUUUCAACUACGAGGCGGUGUACCGAAGAACAGUAGAGAAUAAAAUGGUUCUGGUUAGUGACUUAGUGGGAGGGGACUCUUUAUUCCUUUCUUAUACUGGUUUGCUUGGCCUUAGUUAUGUGA